GCACCUCCCGUUAGCUGACACAUACAGAGUACGAUCGCCUAUGAGAACACCUCUAACACGAAGGGAAGACUAGCACGAAUGACGUAGCUACAGACACAGUGUGAAAGUAUUAGAAACAAGGAGCAGUAGCCUAUUCUGUGGUCAUAAAAGGAUCGUUGCUGUGAGAGAUAAAGCUGGAAGGCGUCGAUCGAUACGAAGGAGACACCGGCUAAGGAUGGUCGUUAAAAUCUACGUAUCGGGUAUCAGCGGGAACAAGGAAGUGAAGAAAAGACAGCAACGGGUUUUAAUGAUAUUGGAUAGUAAGAAUGUAGAUUAUGAAACUAUUGAUAUAACUGAACCAGGAAAAGAGUUAGAUAAAGAGUUUAUGCAAAGCAAUAGCGUUGGAAGAGACAGUAAAUAUCCUUUACCACCUCAAAUAUUUAACGAAGAUGAAUAUUGUGGGGAUUAUGAAGAUUUUGAUAUGGCUAAUGAAUUAGAUGAAUUAGAAAAAUUUCUUAAAAUAACACCUCCAGUUAGUCCAGAGGAUAUAUCUCAAGAUUCGAAAGCACAAAAUAAUGAUAUUCAAGAGAAUGGGAAUACUUCGAGUCGAGAGCCAUCCACAGACAAAGAUGCAGCUACAGUAAAAUCAGAAAGUGCAGAAAAUAGAACGGAUUUGCCAAAGGAUAAUGAUCCAUUGGAUGGAUCUAAACCGACAGAACUUGAUGGUGGAACAAAAGCGAAUGAAGAAGAUGUAGAACAAAUGGAAGAAACUGGCGAUAAGAAUGAAGAGAAGUCUGAUGAUCAAGAAAAAGAAGAAUAGAGAAUUAUGACUAUCAUCUUUUUAAGGCUGAGUGAGUAUACUGCCACUACCACUUUUCUGAACAACAGGAUAUAUAUUAAUUGAAUUGAAUAGGGUCAUCCAUACAUGAUACUUUUGUAGAGCCGCGUCGAAUUGAAAUCAAAAAUCUAUAUCAAUUUUUUUUCUUUUUUUUUUUUUUUUUCUUUUUUUUUUUACAUACAAAAUGAGAUUUUAUUUUAUUUCAUAAUAUUAGUCUAUAUCAAUUUUUAAGUUGAAUCGUUUACACUAUAUCUCUCCAUUGCUUCUCAUUACAGUUUUCAUAUUGAAAGAUAUCAAGCAUCUUUUGCUCAUUAUUAUCAUUAUAAUGAAAAGGUCAGAUCGGAGUUAAACGUAUUAUAGUGUGCUGAGAUUGUUAGAAGUUUAACAAAAAAAUUUAGAAAAGAGUAUAUAUAAUAUCUAAAUAUAUAUAUAUAUAUAUAUAUAUAUAUAUAUAUAUAUAUAUAUAUAUAUAUAUAUAUAUUAUCUACUAAAUUAUGCUCUUCUUUGAAGGAACAGUAUUAUUCAGCCUCUUUAAAAUUUUUCAUUUGCGCAUGUUAGCUUACAAAUUGUAAGUAUUUUAUCCUGAAGAUUAAUUAGAAAUCAUAUUAUUUCUUAUCCUCAUCUAUUUGUCUUGUUAUUCUUAUAUAGUAACGGUAACAGAGAAUUCAAAUUCUUUGUCUAGCAAUUUUUUUGCUAUGAAAGUGUAUUAUUCUUUAGGGAUAUACGUAACAAUUUUCGUAGAAAUACAGCAAUAUUUGAAAGACAAAUUAAUUAUUGUAUAAAAAUAAAUGAGAAAUGAAGGAUUAGUGAUGCAUUCAAAAAUUAGAAUACCAAGAGAUUUAUUAAAUAUAAUCGAUCAAAUGUAAUGUUCUCAUGUAAAUGUAUAUUUAUUGUUUGAAAGGAAAUAUGGAACAAGUAACAAAGUUGCACUUCCUUUGUGACAAAGCAUUUUACAAAUAUUUAAUAUACUUUAGUCAUAAGAAAAAAGACAAGUGACCUAAUCAACGUCAGUGUAUAUACUGAUAGAGUAUUGUUGAUAAGGAACAAAACAUUUUAUUCGUUUCAAACAUUAAAUUUUUAGAUUAUUGAGGCCUUUUUGUUGCUUAUUGAAUAAUAAAGGAAUUUAAGAAAUCAAAA